UAAAUUCAAAUCAGUUGACGAGAGGCGUUCGAAAAGUGGUGUUGUGGUAUUGGCGUCUGUUUUGGCACAGCGGAUUAUCGGAAGGGAAUUGCGAGUGGAUACCGGAGCCAUUGGCCGUGCAGAAAAAGUAAAACAUAAAAAUUGCUGUUUGCAAACGGGAAGUGUUGUAAUGGGAAUUAAAUUAAUGUAGCGAUAGUGGUGACUUUGAAUGGUCAAGUGUUACAGUGACACAGUGCGUUGUUUGCCAAAUUGCUGUUUUUAGUAGCUGUGAAGUGUGCAUAAUUGCUUCGUGCCUCCCUCUCCGCUUUUGACAUUUACUCCGCAGACAUUUUAUUUGUAAUUUAUUUCAUGUUUCUGCUGGCUCUAUCCCAACCGCUCUUGCUCUUUGUCCGGUUAUGUGAACGUUUAAUUCAGACGAAUUGUGAAUUUUAAUGAGUGCUCAGCAAUCACACAUCAAGUAAUCAACUUUGUAAGCAUAGAGACAGCUUUUGGAUCGAAGCAAGAACUUCACUUCCGACCAAAAAAACUAAAACUUACUUGUAAUUGCAACAAGUGAAGCAAGUAUUGGUAGCCGCCAAAGCGAGAGCUUUUACUAUGAGCGGUAUGCGCGGAUUGUCCGUCAAUUUGUGGCGCGCUAGCGUAAAUAGUAAUGUUUUUUGUGGCAGCGUUGGGGCAAGAGCCAAGUUCAACGAGAUCGGUGAUCAAGCGCCAUUUUCCACCAAAUCCGGAGCAGUGUCUUCGGAUAACGUCCGCGAAAACUCAAGUGCUGCUGCGACGGCGGACACGGCCACCAGCCCCGAAACAGCGUGUCCACAUUUGGCUAUGUCGGGUAGAAGCGGCAGCAGUGUCACUGCGGUGCAUGAGACGAGCGAAUGGCAAAAUGCACUGCCAUACAACGAGGUACCCGGUCCGAAGCCUAUACCCAUACUGGGCAACACCUGGCGAAUGAUGCCCAUAAUCGGCCAAUACACAAUAUCUGACGUCGCGAAGAUCUCGUCACUAUUGCACGAACGCUAUGGCCGGAUUGUACGCUUCAGUGGCCUCAUCGGCCGCCCGGAUCUGCUGUUCAUAUACGAUGCCGACGAAAUCGAAAAGUGCUAUCGCAAUGAAGGAACGACUCCUUUCAGACCAUCCAUGCCGAGUUUGGUAAAAUAUAAAAGUGAAAUCCGGAAAGAUUUCUUCGAGGACAUCGGUGGAGUAGUGGGUGUUCAUGGCGAGCCUUGGCGACAGUUCCGGUCGCGUGUACAAAAGCCGGUGCUGCAAUUGUCAACCAUAAGACGUUAUUUGAAGCCUUUGGAAGUGGUCACAAAUGACUUUUUAGAACGCUGCGAACUGCUUUUGGAUGAGAACUCAGAACUGCCAGAGGAUUUUGACAAUGAAAUCCACAAAUGGUCAUUGGAGUGCAUCGGACGCGUUGCCCUCGAUACAAGACUCGGUUGCUUAGAGCCUAAGCUUUCGCCAGAUUCUGAACCACAACAGAUUAUCGACGCUGCCAAAUAUGCACUUCGCAAUGUGGCGACGCUUGAGCUGAAGGCUCCAUACUGGCGUUAUUUCCCUACGCCACUUUGGACGCACUAUGUCAAAAAUAUGAAUUUCUUUGUAGAAGUAUGCAUGAAAUAUAUUGGCAAUGCAACGGAACGUUUGAAACAACAAGGACCAAGUCGUGACGGUGAACCCUCUCUGCUGGAAAAAGUUAUACUCGCGGAGAAGAAUGAAAAGGUGGCUACCAUUAUGGCUUUGGAUCUAAUUUUAGUAGGCAUUGACACGAUUUCUAUGGCAGUGUGCUCCAUACUCUAUCAGCUUGCAACGCGCCCAGUCGAACAACAAAAAGUGCGUGAGGAGCUUAAACGCGUAUUACACGAAUCAGAUGACGAACUUUCGAUACAACGCCUGGACCAAAUGCAUUAUUUGAAAGCGUUUAUUAGAGAGGUCUUUCGGAUGUACAGUACAGUAAUCGGCAACGGCCGUACUUUGCAGGAAGAUACGGUAAUCUGUGGCUACAGGAUACCGAAAGGUGUGCAAGCAGUUUUUCCCACACUUGUCACCGGUCAAAUGGAAGAAUUCGUCUCUGAUGCGUCAACUUUCAAACCAGAACGGUGGUUAAAAGCCAGCCAAGGAGGCACCGGCGACCACUUACAUCCAUUUGCAUCUCUGCCAUAUGGAUAUGGAGCUCGAAUGUGUUUGGGUAGACGUUUCGCUGACUUAGAAAUGCAAAUUCUGCUGGCCAAGCUACUCCGUAAUUACAAGUUGGAAUAUAAUCACAAACCUUUGGAUUAUGCUGUGACGUUUAUGUAUGCUCCUGAUGGCCCAUUGCGGUUUAAGAUGACCAGAGCGGAAUAACUACUGCCAGUGUAUUUUAAGACUUUUAUAUUUAAGCGUUCAUUUUUUCACGAUUUUACAUAUGUACAUAUACAUAUAUAUAUUGUAUAUGCAUACAUGUGGGUAUAUAUGUGUAAAGGAAUAUGUAUUUAUAUAUAAAUAUGUUAUAUUAUACGUAAUAUUUUAUUUUACUGAUAGUACAAUUAUAAAAGUUAUUAUAAGCAUAAAUAUAUAUACUCAUUUUAUAAUCUUUAAAUAUUUAAGAGAAAUUGUUAAUGGAUUCUAAAUAUUAACUUAAUACAUAAAGAAUACUGCUGAA